UCUCCUUUACUCUCAAUAUAUUCAUUACCCUCCUUUUUCUCUCUCUCUCUAUCAGAUCUUCAUUGUGUACAAUUUUCUCUCUCCUCCAUUUUAAUGGCGGCUGCUCUCGAAUUCUUUACUGUUCCUCGCGCUUCGGCUUUUCCUACAGCCGUAUUAUCUCCGAUUUCAACUUCUUCUUCGUCAUCUUCUCUCUCCUCCUCUCUCAAAUUACCAGAGUUUCGAGGUUUGAAGGUUAGUUAUGGCGUCUCAACUCGCGCUGUUAGAUCGCUGAGUUCGCGGUCUAAAAUCGUUCCUCGUUCUUCUCGAAUCGUUUGCGAUAGCUCUGAGUCUACUUUACAAUUGCCUUCUGCGACUGAAGAAACAUGGAAAUCCCUAGUCCUGGAAUCUGAUUUGCCUGUUAUGGUUGAAUUUUGGGCUCCAUGGUGUGGGCCUUGUCGAAUAGUUGAACCCGUAAUUGAUGAAUUAUCUAAGGAUUUUGCUGGAAAGAUUAAGGUGUUCAAAGUUAACACUGAUGACAGUCCCACAAUUGCAUCUGAUUAUGGAGUUCGAAGCAUUCCCACUGUUAUAAUCUUCAAGAAUGGCGAGAAGAAAGAAGCAAUCAUUGGUGCUGUCCCAAAAUCUACUUUAACUAGCAGCAUAGAGAAGUUCUUGUGAACUUGAUAUGUAGUGUACUCUGCAGGAUUCCGACUCUUCUAGUAUUUCUUCAUUGCCCUUUUUCUAAUUAGGUGGUAUAUGAUCAUGCUGUGCAAAAACAAUAAGCUGUUAUAUGGGUCGUGAGUGGGAACUUAGUUUUCCUGUGAUCCUGUAUAGUUGAUGCUAUUGUAUUUGGGUUUCCUUGGAAGAUAAUGUCAAAAUCUUUCUUAGUUGUGGAUA